GCGGUCAUGGCGCUUUUUACAUCGAUACUACUGGUCGCUGGCUGUUUGUUGUUGCUGCGGUUAAUACAACUGCUUGUUUCGGUACGCCGUGGCCAAAGUGGAGCCACCGUGACGCCACGUUCCACACCAGCCCGAACCAUGGUGGUGAUGGGAUCCGGUGGACAUACUGCCGAAAUGUUGCGCAUAGUCGAACGGCUCGAUGGUGAACGAUAUUCUCCCCGCCAGUACGUGAUCGCCAGCACAGACAAAAACAGUGUUGUGAAAGUUAUCGAGAGCGAAAUCCAUCGGCAACCGGAUCCGGAAAAGCAAACGUACGAAAUUAUUACCAUUCCUCGCAGCCGGAAUGUACACCAGGGUUACAUCAGUUCCAUCGGGACGACCGUGCUGGCGCUGAUCAACUGUGUACCGCUCGUGCUGAAGGCUCGCCCGGAACUAAUCCUCACCAACGGACCCGGCACGUGCGUGCCCGUGUGUAUGGUCGCCUUCCUGGCCCGAUUGCUCUUUAUCAACACCAAAUGUAGGAUAGUGUUCAUCGAAAGCUUCUGCCGCGUGAACAGCCUUUCUCUGAGCGGUCGCAUACUGCUCUACAUCGUGGACAUGUUUGUGGUUCAGUGGCCGGAGCUGCUCGAGAAAACGGCCGCAACGCGUGCAGAUGUUCGCUGCUUUGGCCGAUUGUGAGCAUCCGGACGUGUUACAGCAUCAGCAUACACACUACCUUUAUUUAACUGAU